GAAACGUGUGGCAUAAAGCAUUUGACAAGCGAAUUUCAACGGAAAGGUUAACACCAUCAAACCUAGGCAACGCCCAGCAGCGAACGUAGCGAGCGCAAAAGCAGCUCAUUUACAUUUGAAGAAAAUUGAGGCGAACAACAAGAAGAAGAAGAAACGACUCAUAACUAAAACUGAAAUACAGCUCAUGGGAAAAUACAAUAAUAAAAAAAAACUUUCUAAAUAUAUAUUGUGCUUGUGUAUCGGAUUGUAUUUAUUUGUUUGUGUUAGUGCGCCUGCGCAUUAGAACCGGAAGUGCUUGCAGUAAUAUUUGAAUUUGAAAAGAAAAAAAAAAAACAAAACAAAACAAAGAAGCAAACUGUUUAACUGUUAUUACGUGCGCCGUAAGCAUAUAUUACCACAAACCACAAUAAAAACAAACUAAUUGAAAUUCAGUAAACGCGAUUCUUUCACCUACACAUAUACAAGUACAACACGUGUAAAUAUGCAAGUGCAACAAUUUGUGGUCGCCGUCGUAUUGGCCACCCUUUCAGUUCUGCUAGUCGUUCAAGCACAGUCUGGUCCAUUUCCACCUAGACUAAGCAUACCAGGAGCCGUGCCUGUGGGUGGGUCUGUUGGUGCUGCCCGACCUCAGUUCCGCAAUGAUAAAUUGGUACGUGUGCGUCGUCCAAUCGCACUGCGCGCCCAGCAGAAUGCUUUCAUUGCAUCGCCGACUCCUCGCAUUCAAGAGGAACUUAAACCUGUAACUGAAUCGGCGGAGGAUGAACAACCGGAUGUCUUUCUACCGCAACUGUUGCGGGAACAGCAAUUGGCUCAGGCACAACAAGCUCAAUUUCAACAGCAAGCAAACGCUUUCCUCAACGGUGAAGUGAAUACAAUUCAAGAUACCCCCAAUUUACCACAUUUGUUGCAAGAGGACGAUCACAUAUUAGCACCAUCACCACAGACCGUCUUGCCGUCAACUCGUUUUCCAGAACGUCCUACUCCGGCGGUACCCAUAACCUCUGCACCGCCCAGUAACCGACCAGUUUUCAAUGAUUACGGCAUUGGCAGUUUCGGCACACAGCGUUUCGGUCUGGAGCGCCCACAACAGAGUUUACCAGCACCUUCGCCCGUGCCACAACCGCAACAACAGCCACAGCGUGUCAACGUUAUACGCACACGUCCACAAGUACGUGAACAACGGCCACAAUAUGAAGCCCAAGUCGCUCCACAACCGGCUCCAGCACCAGUACGUUCACGCCCACGUCCAGCACCUGCACGACCAGCGAUCGAAUAUAACCAAGUACAGCAGGAAGAUCGGGAGCAGACACAGCAACGCCGACAAAGACCUGUUGCUCAAACGAUACGCAAAUGGCGCGAGGAGAAUGAAGAUGGCAGCAUUACAUGGGGUUAUGAGAAUGACGAUGGUUCAUUUAAGGAAGAAAUUAUUGGCACCGACUGCGUUACAAAGGGAACCUACGGCUACAUUGAUCCCGAUGGCAACAAACGUGAAUAUCACUAUGAAACCGGCAUUAAAUGCGAUCCGAAUACACGAGAAACGGAGGAGGAGCUUCAACAAAAUGCUUUCAUUAAUUACGAACAAAAUACAGCUGUAUUGCCAAAUGGUGUUGAAAUCGACAUGACACAGAUCGGCAAAAAGAAAUCUAGACGACCCAAUUCCAUCUACAGAAAUUAAUAACAUAUAAUGUAAUAUAUGUAUACAUAAUUGUAAUAUUUAAGCGAACAGCAGAUAUCCAUAUUUACAAAU